GUACAACAGGUCCUGCGUUUUUUUAGAUAGUGUUUAAAGAACGCUGUUGUGAGUUGUUGUCUCCACGCAUGGAUGGCGAUCUUCCAGGGUCUUCUUUGGGGGUGUCCGCGAAUGUGUAGGCGGCAGGGUGGGUUUUUUUGGGACGCGCGGGGAAAAUGGCGGAUUGGACUGCCUGGCCUUUUUGGGGGCGGGAGAGGACGGAUGGGGGGCGGGGUCUUUGUACCUCCUGGGGGGAGCGCCUGCGCGCCGUCGUGCCUUGUUCGUCAUGCGGAGGAUGACCUCCACGCCGCGAGAAAACUCGUUUGUUGUGAAUCGACGAAGGGGCGGGCUGUAGUGGACGGCCUGGCCUGUCCAUGGUGUGCUGCGAGACCACGCACUGUACAAAAGGGCAUUCCGGGAGGCAUUCCGUACCGCAGGCAUUCUAUCGCGACGACUCCAAAGGCACUGUCUAUGCAUGGUAUCGUCGUCGCAGGCGUAGUCAUCCGUUUGUCACGCUACGAUCGGCGGGUUUGGGCUCCGCGGGCAUCCACGUCCUCCUGCAUCCACGCCAGCCAAGCGGCGUGCCAUCGGACUGGUCCUUCGUCCACAGCAGCGAAGCGCCGCAUCAUCAACGUCGUCCGUCGGCAAGGUGCCCGUCAUCGACCUCCCGCCACUCCUUUAUUCCCGUCGUCCACGUGGUCCUUCGUCCACGUCAGCCAAGCGCCGCAGCUUUUUGCAUUCGGCACGCACUUCUUUGUGGACGACAUGGCACCGCGCGGCCCUUCAGGGAAGGCGAAAAGAAACAGCGGAUCGGGCGGCGAUGGGGAGACCCAAAAAGGCAGAGGGCACAUACCGAAGUCGAAAAGGUCGCGCUUCGAUGGCGACAGCUCCGAACAUAGUGGGGAUUUGCACGGCGAGGAAGAGUCGAUGGUGGAUGCACAAGGGGCGGACGUCAUGAAGCGAUUGGGGUUUGGGCGGGACGGGGUGUCGAGGGAUCAGCUGGCCGCUCUGAAGCAAGGCUUGGUCGGUGGUGUCGCCGUCUCGUUGGCACGAACCCCGAAGUCGGCAGGGAUUGUCAUGACGGACGCGCGCGUGGCGAGACAAGUUCCGCCAAAGGUCGGGCAGGUGGCACCACGUCAGCCAAUCCCAGCGCUACAGGCGGGGACUUCAGGGGUGGAAAAAACACCGUCCGCGCAAAAGGUCGACAUGACGGCGGGCGGUGGUCGGACGGCGGCGGCGGAUAACACCACUGGGAGCGGAGUUGCGGAGGGUGCGGGAGAGGGGAGGGUCGAUGACGUCUGCCGCGAUGAUGGGAGGAAGGAUGCCAGGGGGGGGGGCGAUGGUGACGACGACCGUCCGGUUUCGGCGACGGUGAAGAAAGGGGUUAAAGAGGAUGAUCUCGAAGAGAGGUCGGAGUUCGGGGAUGCAGGAGCGGAACUGCCUUCAAUGCUGGUAAUGCCGCCGAAAGAUGUGCCGCGCUUCAAGAUCGAUGACCCUGCGCAGCGUGAACCGGCUCUGCGCAGAGCGCGCAACGUGGAGAAAGUGGUGCUGCGUGCCAUCCACGGCUGGAUCUUCAAAUCGUCGUCGAGGUCGACAGGCUUCGCUCGUGCAGAAUCGUACGUGACAGUGGACUUCGCAACAGACGUCGCGCGAGCAGUCUGGCAGGCUUUAGAAUGGUCGAAAGUCGUUUCCCCUGCCCUUGUCUACCACACGCUGGCGAUGAAGAUGGACGUGCCUCUAUGGUUCUCUGGAGUGAAGAUUGUGGAUAGGCCCGAAGACGACGACAUGGCGGCGCGGCAGGAGGCGGCAGUUCUGCGCUUGGCAGACUGCUGGACAGAUGCAGUUUGGUGCGGGCAAUGGACGGACGGUGGCCGUGUGAAACAGGAUAGGUUGACGCGCCUUGCGGAUUGUCUUCGAGUUCUGUUGAGCGAGUGCAUGUGGAUCAUGCGGAUGGGCGGUGAUGACGACCGCUCGCACUACGAGGCAUCGUUCUACGCGUCCAUGGUCGCCAAACCAGCACUCAUAGCGGUGGGCUCCUACAUCUUCAACUGGCGGUGGCACAUCGUUGACACCGCCAACCUCGUCUUGGAUCGUUUGGGGAAGGCCCACCUCACGCUGGGAGAUUACCCGCAUUGCAUCCCCGAAUGGGCCGAUUGCGGGUUGGUUUUCGGUCACAACGCGGCCCUCAAGAAUGCAGCGGAAGCAGCAAAACACGGGUGGAUCGGCAGCGGCCCGCCGGCGGAUGAUGAUGGCGAUGACGAGAAGUGACACGUGGCUCAUCCGCAAGGCCGCGGCGGGAUGGGGGC